GAUAAGAAGAUUAUCUGCAUUCAUGGGGUCUCUCUCCCGAGCUGUGUAGUUUGGACCAAAUUCGACAUUUACAAUACCCAACUGAUGUACCUAAUGCUGGUUUUGCUGUGUGAUCUUCUCUGGUCAGAUCCCAGUAACGAUGUUCAAGGUCGGGGGACGAAUACUGUUUGCAGAGUUUCGUAUACAUUUGGUGCUGACAAGGUGACAGAGUUCGUACAAAAGCACGGCCUGGUUUUUAUUGUCCGUGCUCACCAGAAAAGGGAGUCUGGAAACCUUCUUGCAGGAGUCGAUGUUUUCGCAAGGACCACUACAACUAAACCAAGAAACUUUCCAACAGGAGUUAAGUAACUACUAGACAGUAAAAAAUGGAGCAGAAAUGAAGCCUAUCAUGCCAGUUGCAGAAGGCAGUUUGCUUGUGUAGGAUCCAAAUAGCGUUCAUCAUAAUGUAAAAGUUACAUAGGUAAUGUGAUUUUAUUUGGCAAGUGGUCAAUUACAUUUAAAAAGUUCACAUUUCUCUCUCCUCUUCUCUCAACUUGUCCAUCUCCUUGACUUUGUGCUUUAGAUAUGUCAUAUAUGUAAUUGAACUGAUUUAUUGAAUUUAUUAACAAGAUUAAAGGAUACAUAAAUGAUAGUUAACAAUCUUUUAUUAAAA